UUGUAGGCUCGGCGGGGAUGUAAGACAUAGGAUUUCAAGUAAGAUGUGGUAGUGGCGACGGUAGUGGUGGUCGUAAUGGUGGGCGAAACUCCAACCUCGAGGUAGCUUCACGAUACCUCGCGCGUUUAGUUGGCGCGCGGGGCCCCGAAGAUUGGGACGACCGAUAGAGACACUCUGUGCAAGUAAAAAGAGAGUAGGAUACGAGAAACAAGAAGCGAGACAGCGACGAGCGACCACACGACGAGUGACGACGACGACGACGACGCAAGACGAAGACGAAGACGAUCGAAUCUGAAAAUAAGAAGAAAAGAGUUCCUCUCAAUUUUUUUCCCAGUUUUGUUCUCGUGCGAGCUUGUAAAAUUUUCAAGCCGAGUCCCCCAAACCGAGUGUGUGCGUCUUAUUGUCUGCCUCGGGGGGGUUGGAGUGAUCCAGGAAUAAGCGACUACGUUCGCCGUCGUCGGGUGUUCGAGGAAACGCUCAGCCAGGUGCUGGAACACGCACCAGGAAAAGCGUUCAUUCUCUCCUGAAGACACUUCAAUAUUCUCAGAAGUGUGAGUAGUGAGUAAAGGUGGACGUCGAGUUCAGAAAAAAUCCGCGACAGAAACAGGUUGGAUGGUGCCGCAGGUCGGCGCCAUUUAAACCGACGAGCUGGGCGAAGGAACUGUUUCCUUCCUUGGGUCGCGGGUGUGAACACGCAAACGGGAUCUUCCAGAUCUCGUUGUAAAGACAGGUGCGAAGGCGUGCCUCCACGAUGGGGGUCGCCGAUGACUUCGCGCCCAGCUUUACGCAAAAGCCGCAAUUGCGGCAGGAAGAUGACGGUAAUCGGCUGAUAUUCGAGUGUCAGCUAGUGAGUUCACCUAAACCUGACAUUUCCUGGUUCCGUGGCGAAACCGAACUCAACGAGGAUGACAGGACCAACUUCAAGAUGCAGAGUGUCGGGACCAAUAAGUUCCUGGUGGUGCUCGAGCUCGACGACGUCAUCGAGACCGACGCAGGCCUCUACAAGGUCAAGGCGAAGAACAAAAUGGGCGAGGUCGCUGCCUCUAUCAACCUCAACUUUAGUCCAAUGGAUGAGCCUAGAGAGAAACAAAUUGACGGCAUUGCGCCGACUUUCGCAAAGAAGCCCUCGAUUAGACAGGAGGAUGAUGGUAAACGGCUGUUGUUCGAGUGUCGUAUCACAGCAGAUCCCACGCCGAAAAUCACAUGGUUUCAUAUCGGGAACAUAGUCAAAGAUUCGCCGAGGCACAAGCUGACCGUCGAUAAAGAUGGCCAUUCGUACUUCGCCAUCCUAGAAAUAAAAAACGUGACCGUCGAGGAUGCUGGCAAAUAUAAGGUCACGGCGAAGAACGAGCUCGGCGAGUCUAACGCUACGAUUUCCCUGAAUUUUGACAGCGAUGAAGCACCCGUACCGGAUGACGGUAUUAAACCUACCUUCACCGAACGACCGGUGAUUAGACAAUCCGACGACGGUAACACCAUCACCUUCGAAUGUCGACUUGUCGGCGAUCCGAAACCAAGUGUCAAGUGGUAUCACGGUACCGAGGAAGUGAAAGACGGCGGGCGGUUCACCACGUCACUGGAGCUUGAUCAGAAGCUGUACCAUCUCGCAAGACUGAGGAUCGACAAUGUGGCAAAGGGGGAUGCGGGCGAGUACAGGGCCGUGGCAAAGAACAAGCACGGCCAGGGGGUAGCGACCAUUAAUUUGAACUUCGAAGGUGGCGACAGGCUCAAAAUACCGGACGGUAAGCCGCCGCGUUUUCCGAAGAAACCAACGAUCCGUCAGGAGGGCGAUUUACUCAUCAUGGAGUGCAUUCUGGAGGCACAUCCGGUGCCGGACAUAACAUGGUACCAAGGUCAGAAAACGAUUACCGACAGUAAACGCGUGAAGAUGUCACGCAAGGCAACCGGCAAGGACACGUAUCUGCUGACUCUCGAGAUCUCGAAUCCGACCAAGGCUGACGGUGGGAAUUACCGUUGCAACGCCUUUAACAACUUCGGCGAGAGUAAUGCCAACAUCUCCCUCAACUUCCAAGAGGAGGGCGCGGGUUGCGCUCCAUCCUUCAUUGAGAAACCUCGCAUUAUCCCGAACGAGACCGGUACGCUGAUCACUAUGAAGUGUAAGUGCAAAGCGAAUCCCAAGCCAGAGGUCACGUGGUUUCGCGGUACCAAUGUGGUCAAAGAGUCGUCGAAGAUCUCGAUCAAGUCCAAAACGGUUGAGGAAGACAUAUAUGAACUUGUCAUGGAAAUAAAGGACCCAUCGGCACCGGAUGGUGGCACUUACAGGUGUAAUGUGAAGAAUGAAUACGGUGAAAGCAAUGCUAAUCUGAAUUUGAAUAUCGAGGCGGAACCGGAACCAGAGGGAGACGGGCCGACGUUUGUAGAGAAGCCGCGGAUACAGUCGCAAAAUAAGGGCAAGCUCGUCGUCAUGGAUUGCAAAAUAAAGGCGAAACCAAAGCCACAGAUCGUGUGGACUCAUGCCGGUAAAGUGGUGAAGGAGUCGUCGAAGAUCUCAAUCAGCAUCGUUUCAGAAAAGGAGGACAUUUAUUAUAUCAAAUUGACUCUGAACGAUCCUGGACCGGAAGAUUCUGGACUGUACAAGUGCAACAUUAAGAAUGAUCUUGGUGAACUCAAUGCCAAUCUUACGCUAAAUGUCGAAAUUGUACCUGUAAUUAAGGAAAAGCCAAAGGUAGUAAAGAUUAUUAAAAAGAAGACAGUCGUAAUUGAAUGUCAUGUUCUUUCCCAAUUUGCGCCUGACUGUACAUGGUUCAAAGAAAAUCAGGCCGUUAAAGAGGACAAUAGACACAAGUUGCAUGUCGAACAAGUUAAAGAUGGUGAAUUCUCUAUAAAACUCGAAAUCGAACAAAUGUCGACGACAGAUAAAGGCACGUAUAAAUUAGUGGCACGUAAUGAUAAAGGCGAAGCCACAUCACAAGUAGUGGAAGUAACGGAAAUUCCAGAUCAAGGAGAAAAACCAAAAAUUGUUACCGGCCUCAAAUCAAUUACCGUCGAGGAAGGUAAAACGGUUGAGCUCGUCGCCAUUCUCGCAACGCAAGAUCGUAAAGUCACUAUCACGUGGUAUAAAGAUUCCACGACCAUCAAAGCGUCAAAGGAUAUUAUGAUUUCUUUUAAUGGUCUGGAUAUGAAAUUGACCAUUACUUCGGCAUCGGUAGAAUUUUCAGGAACGUAUAAAGUCACCGUGAGCAAUGAAUACGGUCAAGAUGAGUCGUCGGCUCGUCUCGUCGUCAACAAGAAAGAGGAAAAGAAAAAGGAAGAGGAGGAAGAGAAGAAGAAAAAGAAGGUCGAGAAAAAAGAGGAGAAGAAAGAGGAGGAAAAGAAAGAAGAAAAGAAGAAAAUGGAGAUCUUACAGAAGGACGAAGACAUCGUGAAUAAUGUUGAAGAAAGGAAAUCUAUUAAGAAGAAACCUGCCGAGAAAAUUGAAGACAAAAAAGAAGAAGAAAAGAAAAAGAUUAUAAAAAAGAAAGAACCCGAAUCUAAAGAGGUAUCUCGAGAAACUACGCCUAAGCCUGAGAAAACGGUGACUCGCAAGGAAUCAAUCAGUAGGGUAGAAGAACUUAAGACAGAGAGUCGUCGUAGUUCGAUCGUCAAGACUGAUGAAAAGAUAAUAGAUGAUGACACUGCGACACCACGACGUCUUUCUAUACAGAAGACCGAAGAAGAAGUCAAAGUAGAAAGCAGACGAUCUUCUAUCAUAGAAAAGAAGAAAACGACCGAAAAGGAUGUAUCUGUAUUUAGGCCAAGAGCCAUUUCGCGAAUGAUAGAAGAUGAGAACACACUCACAACGAAGAUCAAGCCACACAUACACAAAUUCGACGAAGAAAUUCAGGACGUUUGGUCGUCUAAGCCGACAGAGCGCGAUAGUAAAUCGAUAAGACAUUAUGAGGAAACUACGAAGUCCAGAGUAACUUCCUUCCUUCAUAAAAUUGACCAUAAACCGAAGGUUGCAGUUGAAACUGCAAUUAAGCCACGCGUUCGCGACUCGGAUGACGAACGUGAGGAUGCUUGGAGUAUUCACAAUCCGGGAGAACGUGAUAAUGAAUCUAUGCCAUACAGAAAUAUGUCAACAGAUCAGACACACAAACCUCAUAUACCCGCAGAUACAACACGUCAAAAGUCAGAUGACAAAUCAAAAGAUAAACCACAUGACACCAUUGCAAAUAAAACACAUCCACAGAAAUCUGAUAAUGAGAUUGAGGAUAUUUCGGCGAAUAAAGAACAUGAUACUGACACCAAAAAACAUAACGAUGAUAUUUUAAAAAAGAAAGAACCACAUGAUACAAAAAAACCUACGUGUAAAGUACUAUUGCGUAAAUCUGACGAUAAUUCAAAUGAUAAAACAUUUUCUCGUGACACACCAACAUAUAAAAUACAGUCGCAAAAAUCAGACGAUGAAAUUGAGGACAUUUGGGCGAGUAAAGAACGCGAUAACGACUUUCCCAAAAAGCACGAAAAAGAUGUUCCAAAAGAGAAAACACAUUUGCGUGAUACACCUAUAAGUAAAACACUUCCGCAUAAAUCCGACGACGUUUCAAAAGAUAAUGCAUUUUCUCGUGACAAGCCUAUAUACAAAAUACAUUCACAAAAAAAAAUUGAGAAUACGUCGAUUGAACCGAAAGAACGCAAUGUCGAUUCAAAGAAAUCUGAAGACAUGCCAAAAGACAAGACGCUUUCUCUUUUACAUGAUACAUUUACAAGUAAAAUACAACCACACAAACCUGAUGAAUCUAAAGACAAACCACUUUUACAUGAUGAACCUACGACUAAAAUACAAGAAUCUGACGAAGUGUCAGAAAAGAGUGAUAAAACACACGAUACAUCGAUUCACAAAAUACGUCCACACAAAUCCGACGAAAAAAUUAAGAAUUUAUCGAAACCUAAAGAUAAACCAUCUCGUCGUCAAUCUAAUGAAGAAAUCGAGGAUACACCAAAAAUAAUUAAGGAUAAAAGACGCGUGUCUAAACCUGACGAUCAAACUGAAGGAGAUAAGAUAGCUUUAAACAAAACGAAAGUAUGUGAUAUCAAAUCCAAGCCAAAUGAUAAGGACAAAUUGAUGCCAAAAUCGAAAGGACACGACGAUAAACGCGUUGUACAUGAUGAGGAUGUAUGGGCAAAUCCACCGAAAUCCAUCGAACAAAAUUCUAUUACAACCAAUAAGGAUGUUUUAUUAUCUACUGUUAAACCGCAAACGCAUGAAUCCGACGAUGAUAUUGAGGAUAUCUGGGCUUCGAGAAUUGAGGACGAUGCGCCUAAACCUAUCAGAAAAUUGGAGGAUUCGAAAGUUUUCAAAGAUGCGCCGUAUAAAAAUGGAGUUAAAAUAGAGGAACUUGCAUUCACACCCGCGCCUAAACCUGCAUCCAAACUCAAGGACAGCAAACCCAAAGAGAGAGAAUUUAGGGAGGGCGAUAUACCCGAACACGAAAAAAGUGAGAUCAAAUCUAAAGAGAUCAAGAGCAAAGAUAUUAACUCAACACUUGAUAAGGAAGAUGUGCCCAAGAAAAAGGUGCCCACUAGACGUAAAUCAUCGACUAAGUCAACGGAAAAAUCCGAGGAUCAAGAACCAGUAUUGAAACCAAAGAAGAAAAAACCUAAAUCCGCGGAUGAAUCUAAGAAAGAGGAACCGACCACAAAACCGAAAACUCCCGGAAAACCAGAAACUCCGAAGGAGGAAGUCAAACCUAAACCGGGAGAGGCGAAGGUGGAACCGAAAGCCAAACCUAAAGCAGAGGAAGUAAAGGAAGUCAAGUCCAAACCAGAUGAAACAAAGGAAGAACCGAAAGCUAAACCUAAAGAGGAAGUAAAGGAAGCGCCAAAGGCGAAGUCUAAAUCGAGCGAAAUAAAGGAGGAACCAAAAGCUAAAAUUAAAGAGGAAGAAAUAAAGGAAACGCCGACGACUAAAUCUAAACCAAACGAAUUAAAGAAAGAGGAACCUGCAACGAAACUUACACCUAAACCAGUUGAACCAAAGAAAGAAGAAGAGAUCACUAAGAAAGGUUUGAAGGCCGUUAAGCAACUUGAAGAGGAAAAGAAAACUCAAGAAAAAGUCGAGCUUAAGCCGAAGAAUGCCAUCGAGACCAAACCGAAAUCUCGUUUACCACCAAAACAGGAAGUAAAAUCCGAAAGCUUUCAGGGGAUUCAACUUAAACCAGUUACGAAGGAUUCGAAACAGCCUCAGCAGGCUGAAAAUGGCGGGGUGGAACUUAAGAAAACAGAGAAGAUGGAAAAGGUCGAUGUGAAGAAGGUAAAGGCAGCGAAGGCAGCGAAGGACGUUAGUUACGAGCUCCCGGAGAUUCCGGAUUAUGAAAGGGCUGUCCUGGAGAAACCUCAAGAAUUUGAUUUUGGCGAGUUUGUUCCUCGCGAUAAAACGAAACUUGAGAGACCAGUCACACAGAAAUUCGAUUCUAAGCCGAAGUUACCGGAAAUUAAAGCGCCCGAAACACCCAAGAUCGAAGUUAUCAAAGACGUGACACCGGUCGGUAGCAGAAAGGGCUCUUUAGCACCCGGAAGCGGUGCUGGCAGUCGACGUGGUUCGCUCAUACCGCCCGAGGAAUUGGGUCGUAGGCCCAGUUUGAUCAUCAGUGACGAGGAGCAUAGGAAGCUUCGUCCCGGCGAGGUGGUGGACGAGCGCAAGUUGGGAAAGUUACGGCCCGGUGAGGUUUUGGAAACAAAGACUAAGCCCGGCCGACUAGGCGCGCUGCCAGAAAAAGAGCGUCGUCGUCCGAGCACAGCGGACAUCAGAAGACCCAGCGUGGCGGACCUGGAGAAUAAGAUCAAUUUACCUAGUACACCUCUGCGAGAUGUUGGACCAGCUGGACCACCCCAGAUCGUCGAUGUUCAGGAAUCGUACUCCGCCGUCGAAGACUCGACGGCGUAUCUCACUGUCGCGGUGGAAGGCACGCCCGCGCCAACUUUCAAAUUCUACAAGGGUAUUACCGAGAUCAUCGAGGGUGGCCGCUUCAAAUUCCUCACUGACUCGGAGACCAACACGAUCACCCUCUGCAUGAGGAAGACGAAGCCCAACGAUGAGGGCACUUACAAGAUUGUCGUGAGCAACAUCCAUGGCGAGGAUUCCGCCGAGAUGCAGCUCUACGUUUCCGACGCCAGUGGCAUGGACUUCCGUACUAUGUUGAAGAAGCGGAAAUACCAAAAAUGGGCUCGAGAAGAAGCUGAGCAAGAAAAAGUAGAUUUGAAGGAAGUCGAGAAGCCCAUGCCGGCAUUGAAAAAAGUGGAAAAGAAACAAGAAAGUUUCCUGAAGCCACUGGUAGAUCAGUAUGCCAAGGAAGGCAAAGAUAAGAAAGUUGUCUUCGAAGCGAACUUUUCGAAACCGAACUGCAAGCCGAAAUGGUUCUUCCGAAAGGAUGAAUUAUUCCCAUCGGCGAAGUACAAAUUUAAAAACGAGGAGGAUUGCUAUCAGCUCAUUAUUACUGGACCCAAAGUCGAAGACACUGGAAAAUAUACGAUCGAAAUUGCUGGCGUAUCCAACACAGCUUUCCUCAAUGUAGAUGAACCUGAUCCAACGUAUACCUUCAUAAAACCAUUAUCGAAAAAAACCAGCGGCUUUACAAAGCAUGAAGCUUACAUGGAAUGUACAGUUAGUUCUAAUAUAGCUCAAGUUGCCUGGUACAAAGGCAAAACAAAACUCGAGGAUGGAGACCAAUAUAGUAUUUCCAAAGAUAUGUCUGGCGUGUGCCGAUUGACGAUCAGGAGCGCAACUCUUGAAGAUAGUGAUGAAUACACUUGCAAAAUAAACAAACAGACGGACAAGACCGAAACCAUACUCACUAUAGUCGAAUAUCCUUAUAAGUUCGUUAAAGUGUUGAAACAUCAGCAGUUGGUAGAAAAGGAAACCUUGACAUUACUUUGCGAAUUGGAUGAUGCUGCGGGUGAAGUCCAAUGGUUCAAGGGUGACCAAGCAAUCACGCCUGAUAAAAGAGUGCAAAUCAAGGAAGAAGGCAGGAAACGAAAGCUUAUUAUUAAAGAUUGUAAAGUCACCGAUGCCGGACUCUACUCUUGCGUGAGUAACGCAGACAAGACCGAAGCUGAAAUUGUGAUCAACUAUGCCAAUCGCUUCAAUAAGAAGUUGAAGGAUACCAUCGCGAUUGAGAGAGAAAAACUAGUGCUAGAUGUUGAACUUCAAGAUCAGACCGCGCCAGCUGUAUUCUACUUCAACGGCGAAAAGAUCGAGCCUAAUGAGAGAGUGGAAAUUAAGAAUUUGGGCGGCGGUAAGCACCAGUUGGUCUUCAAUAAAUUGGAAAUGACGGACGAUGGUGAAAUCAUGUGCGAGAGUGGUCAGCUAACGAGUAGUUGCAAGCUCACCGUGAAAAAGGGCGAAAGCAAGCCGAUCGUUGACUUCCCUGACAAAGUUGAAGGACCCUGCAGCGCUCCGUUAGUCUUUGUCGUGCCUUUUAAAAUUGAUGGCACCAAGCAGAGUCAAGUGGAAGCGAAACUGAUGAAAGAUGGCAAACCUCUACCUCUCAAGGACGUUGAAAUUGUCGUUGGCGAGGAUAAAAUCACGUAUAGGAUCAAGAAACCUCAACGCGAAUCGUCUGGUAUCUACCAGAUUAAGAUUGGUAAUAACCAGGGUGAAGAAGUAAAGGAUGUCAAUAUUGUUAUGCAAGAUGUUCCAUCUCCACCGUAUGACGUUGAAGUUAAUGAGAUUUUCCAAAAUUCCUGCGUUGUGUCCUUUAAACCGUCGAAGGAUGAUGGAGGCACACCCAUUACGAAAUAUGUUAUCGAACGUCUAGAUCUGAGCUUGAAAGCUCAAUGGGAUAACGUGGGUGAAAUCAUGCCAGGUGAAAAAUGUGUCUAUAAAGUCGAAGAUCUAAUUGCAAAGAAGGAAUACAAGUUCCGCAUACGAGCAAUGAAUAAGCUCGGUUCCAGCGAACCGGCAAUGUUUGGCAAGCCAGUCUUAGCCAAGGAUCCAUGGGACGAACCAGGCAAACCCACGAAUGUCGACGUAACCGAUUGGGAUAAGGAUCAUGCUGAUCUGACAUGGACAAAGCCCGAAAAUGACGGUGGUGCACCGAUUACUGGCUAUAUAAUUGAAUACAAGGAGAAGUUCGGCAAAGAAUGGGUAACGGGCAAGGAGAUUGAGGGCGACGUGACUCAGGCGACUAUUGAUGGUCUCAAAGAAGGCACGCAGUACGAGUUCAGGAUACGAGCAGUAAACAAGGCAGGUCCUGGUGAACCGUCUGACGCCACUAAACCAAUUAUUGCCAAGUGCCGAUUUGUUAAACCGUACAUCAUCGGUGACGGUCUUACAAACUUAGUCGUUAAAAAGGGUCAAGUCAUCAAGUACGAUAUCAAGUAUGCUGGCGAGCCGGAACCAGAGGUGCACUGGUUCUUGGGCCAGAAGGAGAUAGUCCAAGAUACGGCCGAAAGAGUUACGAUCGAAAAAUAUGAGAGAAAUACUGUAUUGACAGUUAGGAAGACCACCAGACCUGAUUCCGGAAAAUAUAAAUUAGUAUUGACGAACAGUUCCGGCACCUGCGAGAGCAUGGCUGACGUUGUUGUUCUUGACAAACCGUCGAUUCCACAAGGACCUCUCAAAGUAGAGGAAGUCCGCUCCGAUCACGUUAAAGUCAAGUGGGAUACGCCAGAGGAUAAUGGCGGUACCGAUAUCACGGGUUAUGUAUUGGAAAAGAUGGAUCUGGAUACUGGACGAUGGAUUCCAGCCGGAGAAACUGGUCCCAACGAAAAGGUUUUCACGUUUUCUGGUCUAACGCCCAAAAAGAAAUAUAAGUUCCGUGUCAAAGCGGUUAAUAAGGAAGGUGAAUCCGAACCCCUGGAGGUCGAGGAAGCCAUUCUCGCGAAAAAUCCUUAUGACGAGCCCGGUAAACCUGGCAAGCCACAGAUCUUUGAUUAUGAUAACGUCAGUGUGUCUUUGAAAUGGGAGAAACCACAGAGUGACGGUGGCAGACCGAUCACUCACUAUACUGUCGAGGUGAAAGACAAAUUCGCCGUCGACUGGGUUGAGGUAAUGAAGACCACGGACUCGACACCUGAGGCUAAAGUUGAAGGCCUUAAAGAAAAAAUGGUGUAUCAAUUCCGCGUUCGCGCUCACAAUAAGGCCGGUCCUAGCGAGGCAAGCGAUCCCACAGACAAUCAUCUAUGCAAACACCGGAAUAUGAGACCGAGAAUCGACCGAACCAAUUUCAAAUCAGUCAUUAUCAAAGCUGGUCGCACUCAUAAAUGGUCUGUGGAUGUAUCUGGUGAACCUCCGCCGGAGACCAGAUGGAUCUGGAGAGAUAAUAUCCCAUUAACUACCACCGAGCGCAUUAAGAUCGAGAAUGUCGAAUAUCACACGGACUUUACGAUCGUGAAUGCAAUGCGCAAGGAUACCGGAAAGUAUACACUUAUUGCUGAGAAUGCUAAUGGCAAAGACGAAGAAACCGUCGAACUUACCGUACUCGGAAAACCAGAUGCUCCUAAAGGACCUCUGGAAGUCAGUGAUGUCACUAAUACCUCGGCGAAGGUGAAAUGGGAGAAGCCAGAUGAUGAUGGUGGUGUGCCAAUCAAAGAAUACGAAAUCGAGAAGAUGGACACAAAGACCGGCAAAUGGGUCAGGGUUGGUAAAGUGCCCGGAAAUUCUCCGAACACUGAAUUUGAAGUCACUGGCUUGAAUCCCGGAAGCGAAUACAAGUUCCGUGUAACAGCUGUCAAUGACGAGGGUGAUUCGGAGCCUUUAGAGAGUGAACGUGGCGUUAUUGCCAAGAAUCCUUAUGAUGAACCGUUGAAGCCAGGAACGCCCGAAAUCACUGAUUACGAUAACGAAUCCGUAAGCUUGAAAUGGGCUCCACCAGAAUUCGAUGGAGGAGCGCCUAUUGAAAAAUAUAUUAUCGAGAAAAAAGAUAGGUAUAAGCCCGAUUGGGAAAAGGCUAUCGAAGUUCCUGGAAAUCAACUUGAGGGCAAGGUACCUGAUUUAAAGGAAAGGGGCGAAUAUCAGUUCCGAGUCAUUGCCGUAAACAAAGCUGGACCCUCGCCUCCGUCUGACGCAUCGAAGAUGCAGAUCUGCAAACACAAAGCUCUGAAGCCGAGAAUCGACAGAACGAACUUGAAACCGAUUGUCGUGCGAGCCGGUAAGACAGUUAAGUACGACAUUGAUGUACACGGCGAACCACCGCCGGAGAUCAAAUGGUAUCACGUCGGUAAUGAAGUAAAAUCCGGUGAGAAUAUCGAGAUCGUCAAUGUUGAUUACAAUACGAAACUCACUAUCACCGACAGCCUGCGCAAAAAUACUGGUUUAUGGAAGAUCAAGGCUGUCAACCCUCAUGGCGAAGACGAGGCGGAAGUUGAAGUGACGAUAUUAUCGGCUCCCGGAAAACCAAAAGGGCCGCUCAAAGUGGCGGAUGUCACAAAGAACAGCUGCAAACUCAAAUGGGACAAACCGGAAGACGAUGGUGGCAAACCGGUCACUGGAUAUCAAGUGGAGAAAUUGGAUAAAUCAACAGGCAGAUGGAUACCAGUCGGUCGUACCGCAGAUACCGAGAUGGAUGUAAAAGGUCUUCAGGAAGGACACGAGUAUGAGUUUAGAGUAAAAGCUCUGAAUGAAGAAGGAGAAUCGGAGCCACUUGUGUCAGACGGUUCUACACUUGCAAAGAAUCCUUAUGAUGUUUCAAGCAAGCCUGGCACACCGGAAUUCGAAGAUUGGGACGUUGAUCGCGUUGAUCUUAAAUGGGAACCUCCUAAAAAUACUGGCGGUGCGCCGAUCACCGGUUACAUUAUUGAAAAGAAGGAGAAACCUUCCUCACAAUGGGAAGAAGCUCUUGUCACUGACUCGCCACAACCAAAAGGUCGUGUUACCGGCUUGAAAAAGGGUUCCACUUAUCAGUUCCGUGUUCGUGCUGUUAACAAGGCUGGACCAUCAGAGCCUAGCGACCCGACCAAGCCGCACGUUGCAAAAGCAAGAUACCUGAAACCGCACAUCAAUCGUGAUAAGCUACAGACUAUCAAAGUAAGAGCAGGUCAACUAGUGAAGUUGGAAGUUGAUGUCGAAGGUGAACCUCCUCCAACAGUUACAUGGAGUUUUGCCGGUGCACCCCUUCAAACUGGAGCCAAUGUUAAAAUUGAUAACGAAGACUACCUCACUAAGAUUCAGUUAUCAAAUACCAGUCGAAAGUUAACUGGAAAAUAUACUAUCAAGGCUGUGAACGAUUCCGGACAAGAUGAGGCCGAUGUAGAAAUUAAUAUUCUUGACAAGCCUGGAAAGCCAGAGGGACCUCUAGAAGUGACCGACGUGCACAAGGAGGGCUGCAAAUUGAAAUGGAGCAAGCCAAAAGACGAUGGUGGACUACCUCUGUCUAGUUAUAUAGUAGAAAAAAUGGACGUAACGACAGGUCGUUGGGUACCAGCCGGUAUCGUGGAUCCUGAUAAAACUGAACACGCAGUUACCGGUUUGGAACCUGGCCAUAAGUACGAAUUCCGUGUGAAGGCUGUGAACGAAGAAGGAGAAUCAGACCCUUUGCAAACUGACGUUGGCAUCGUAGCUAAGAAUCCAUACGAUGCUCCAGCGGCGCCUGGACUUCCAGAGAUUGUCGAUUGGUCGGAGAAUAUGGUGAAGCUCAAGUGGGAACCUCCAAUAAGGGACGGAGGUGCACCAAUUACUGGGUAUAUCAUCGAGAUGAAAGAUAAAUUUGGUACUAAUUUCGUCAAGGCUGCUGAAGUGCAAGGGCCCGUAUGUACUGGUACAGUUCCACGUUUAGAAGAAGGCAAUCAGUAUCAAUUCAGAGUACGUGCCGUUAAUAAAGCUGGACCUGGUGAACCUAGCGAAGCUACCAAUCCGCACACCGCUAAAGCUCGUUGGCUGAAACCGUAUAUCGAUCGCACGAAUCUGCAACCCAUAACGGUAAAAGUUGGUCUUACCGUAACGCUGGAUGUAAACAUAAUUGGCGAACCGCCGCCAAAAGUCACUUGGACCUUCAAAGAUAAAGAACUCGUAUCGGACGACACGAUACGAAUCGACAAUGUUGAUUAUAAUACAAAAUUCUUUAUACUAAAGACUAAACGCGUACACACCGGCAAAUACGUGAUCAAUGCAAAGAACGAAGUCGGCGAAGAUACUGCUGAAGUAGAAAUCACUGUUCUUGGCAAGCCCAGCAAACCAAAAGGUCCCUUGGAAGUGAGCGAUGUUAACAAACAUGGCUGUAAACUUAAAUGGGACAAACCGGAAGAUGACGGUGGUGCACCAGUUGAAUAUUAUGAGAUCGAGAAGCUGGAUCCUCUUACAGGACAAUGGGUACCGUGUGGCCGUAGUACAGAACCUGAAGCGACCAUCACAGGAUUGCAGGAGGGUAAACCAUACAAAUUCCGCGUGAAGGCUGUCAAUAGAGAAGGAGAAUCCGAUGAUCUGGAAGCUGACAAGUCUAUUAUAGCCAAAAAUCCAUUCGACGAACCGGGUAAGCCUGGCCGACCAGAGCUCAAAAACUGGGAUAAAGACUUCGUCGACCUCGAAUGGACUCCUCCUAAGGAUGACGGUGGUGCGCCUAUCGAAAAGUAUAUCGUGCAGAUGCGAGACAAAGAAGGUAGACAAUGGGUGGACGUUGCUAAAGUUCCGGGAGACCGAACGGCCGCUAAAGUGACUGAUGGUAUCCAAGAGGGUCACGAAUACGAGUUCAGAAUUGUGGCGGUCAAUAAAGCUGGACCUGGCGAACCCAGCGAUACUUCAAAAAGCGUUGUGGCCAAACCUCGAUUUUUGGCACCGCAUAUUGAUCGUAAAAACCUCCAUAAGAAAGUCAUGCGAAUUGGUCAGAUGCUGCGACUUGAGGCUGAUAUCAAGGGUGAACCACCACCAGUUGUUACAUGGAAACUUAAGGAUACGGUGCUGAAGAGCAUGGACCGAUUAAAGAUUGAGAACGAGGAUUAUCAUACUAUGUUCAUCCUCAAUAAGCUUCAGCGCUCGGACACCGGCACGUACACCGUCAUCGCCAAGAAUGACAGUGGUACUGAUCAAGUCGACGUCGAACUUCAGGUUCUAAGUAAGCCCGGCAAACCAAAAGGACCUCUUGAAGUAUCGGAUGUAACGGCCGAGGGUUGUAAGCUAAAAUGGGAUAAACCCGAUGACGAUGGUGGUGAACCGGUUGAUCAUUAUGUUAUCGAAAGGAUGGAUGUGGACACAGGACGUUGGGUACCAUGCGGUACCAGCAAAACUCCAGAGGCAGACGUAUCCGGUCUAAAUGAGGGCAAGGAUUAUCAAUUCCGUGUCAAAGCUGUCAAUUCAGAGGGUGAAUCCGAACCUCUAGAAACGUCCAUACCGACAACUGCUAAAAAUCCUUAUUCUGAACCCGAUGCGCCCGGCAAACCCGAGUUGAAGGACUGGUCAAAGAAUCAUGUUGACUUGAAAUGGAAAGCCCCGAAGAAAGAUGGCGGUGCUCCCAUUGAAAAAUAUAUCAUUGAAAAGAAAGAUCAGUACGGUAAAUGGCAGAAAGCCGCGGAAGUUCCGGGUAACAAAACCGAAGCCAAAGUGCCAGAUCUUGUGGAGGGUCAAAAAUAUCAAUUCCGAGUUAAGGCCGUGAACAAAGGUGGCCAGAGCAAGCCCAGCGAGCCCAGUGAAACCUUGACUGCCAAGGAUCGUUACGCUGCGCCCAAGAUCGACCGCACAAAUCUAAAGGAUAUUACAAUCAAGGCCGGUAAUGUAAUUCGACUGGACGUUAAAGUUACGGGUGAACCGCCGCCAAGUAAGACCUGGUUCUUGAACAAGGCCAAGCAGGAAUCCGACAACGUCUUGACUAUCGAAACGGAGGAUUACAAGACCAAGUUUGUGGUCUCAUCGGCGACCAGGGCGCAUUGUGGUACGCUGACUUUGAAGGCAGAAAACAGUUCCGGCAAAGAUGAGGCGUCUAUCGAGAUCCUGGUACUAGACAAACCUAGCAAACCUGAAGGACCGCUCAAGGUUUCUGAUGUACAUAAGGAGGGCUGUACUCUCAAGUGGAAUCCACCAGCGGACGAUGGUGGUGCACCUUUAGACCAUUAUGUAGUCGAGAAAAUGGAUACAGAAACCGGUAGAUGGAUACCUGUCGCACGCACCAAGGAACCCACGAUGGUGGUAGAAAACUUAGUGCCCGGACAGGAAUACAAGUUCCGAGUUGCAGCUGUAAACGCGGAAGGUGAAUCUGAACCAUUGGAGACCGAAUAUGGAAUCGUCGCCAAGAAUCCAUUUGAUGAACCUGGUGCACCAGGACGUCCGGAGGCGACUGAUUGGGACAAGGAUCACGUAGAUCUGCGAUGGACUCCACCGUUAAAAGACGGUGGAUCUCCAAUCACCGGAUACGUGAUCGAGAAGCGGGAGAAGGGCGCACCCAAGUGGAUCAAGGCGUGCGAGACUGGGCCGGAUUGCAAAGGCCGCGUCGACAAUCUCGACGAGGGUGUCGAAUACGAAUUCAGGGUCAAGGCCAUUAACGCUGCCGGUCCCGGUGAACCGUCCGAUGCUAGCAAACCGAUUACCGCCAAGAGUCGAAGACUCCCGCCGAAGAUUGAUAGACGAAAUUUACGCGAUAUAACUGUGCGUGAAAACGAAGCGUUUCACUUUGACGUUAAAAUUAUUGGAGAACCACCGCCAGACGUCACGUGGGUAAUCAACAAUAAGAGCAUCCAGCAAACCACACAUCGCAGAAUACAGAAUGUACCUUACAAUAGCAAGUUCUUCAACGAUAAGCCCGAACGCAAGGAUAGUGGUACUUAUAAGAUCACAGCAAUCAAUCAGCAUGGUUCCGAUACUGCCGAAGUCGAAGUCACCGUUGUUUCCAAGCCUGGCAAACCAGAAGGACCAUUGGAAGUAUCUGAUGUACACAAAGAAGGAUGUACGCUUAAAUGGAAGAAACCUAAGGACGACGGUGGAGAACCAAUUGAGGGCUAUCUCGUGGAGAAGUUCGAUCCAGAAACUGGUGUCUGGCUACCAGUUGGUAAAACUACUGGACCCGAGAUGAAGGUUGAAGGACUUACACCUGGACAUGAGUACAAGUUCCGAGUCAAAGCACUUAACAAGGAAGGAGAGUCUGAACCAUUGGAAACCUUUAGCUCCAUCGUAGCGAAAGAUCCGUUCACUAUACCAACUGCACCUGGAGCACCGGAACCGGUUGAUUGGACAGCUAAUCAGGUUGAACUCGCCUGGAAAGAACCUGUCAGCGACGGUGGCUCGCCUAUUACAGGCUACAUUAUUGAGAAGAAAGAUAAAUACAGCACCAUGUGGGAGAAGGCUUUGGAGACCGGGACACCGGUCGCAAAAGCUUUGGUACAUGGUCUAAUAGAAGGCAAUGAUUAUCAAUUCCGCGUGAUUGCCGUAAACAAGGCUGGUCAAUCGGAGCCCGGUGAAGCUAGCAAGACGUUUACUGCUAAGCCGCGUUUCUUGGCCCCGAAGAUUGACAGGCGCAAUUUGAGGGACGUUACUCUGUCCGCUGGCUCGAUGCUGAAAUUCGACGCCAACGUAAUCGGCGAGCCACCGCCACAUAUCGAGUGGCGUUACGGCGCAAUACCGCUUCAUUCCGAUCGCAAGGUGCAGAUCGACAACAUCGACUACAAUACCAAGUUUAGCAUACGUCCAGUAUCGCGGGACGACAGUGGCGAUUACACUGUCACCGCUAGCAAUUCAUCGGGCAAGGAUUCGGUGACGGUGCAGGUGACGGUGACGGACAAGCCGACGCCGCCUGAAGGACCGCUUCAAGUGUCGGAUGUGCAUAAGGAAGGAUGCAAGUUGAAAUGGAAGAGACCUAAAGACGACGGCGGUACGCCCAUCGAGUACUAUCAAGUGGACAAGAUGGACCCGGAGACCGGAUGUUGGGUACCUUGCGGACGUUCUACCGAACCAACUCUCGAGGUGAUAGGCCUAACACCUGGUAAGGAGUAUCUCUUCCGGGUAGCUGCGGUCAAUGCCGAAGGCGAAUCCAAACCUUUAGAAGCGGAGCAGACGAUAGUAGCCAAAAAUCCAUUCGACGAACCCGGCAAACCAGGUGAUCUUCGAGCCACUGACUGGGAUAAAGACCAUGUCGAUCUGAAAUGGACCCCACCGGAGAAUGAUGGCGGUUCACCGAUUACUGGUUACGUGAUUGAAAAGAAAGACAAGUACGGCGAAUGGGAGAAGGCACUGGAGGUGCCUGCAGAUGAAACAUCCGCUACAGUACCUGAUCUUAUUGAAGGUCAGCCGUACGAGUUCCGUGUGCGUGCCGUAAACAAAGCUGGACCUGGUGAACCGUCGGACGCUACACCGACUAUCAUCGCCAAACCACGCAAUCUAGCGCCCAGGAUUGAUCGUACCAACCUGAUUGAAGUGAAAAUCAAAGCCGGCCAAAACUUCAACUUUGAUUGUAAGGUAACGGGCGAGCCACCGCCAACUACCAAAUGGAUGCUGAACGGCAAGGAGGUUCGACCGACUGAUCGUGUCAAAGUUAAGCACGUGGAUUACAACACCAGUCUGAACGUGCGGAUGGCUACGCGUGCGGAAUCAGGCAAAUACACUGUCAUUGCUGAGAAUAUUAACGGCCGAGAUGAGGCGGUCGUCAAAGUGACAGUGCUGGAUAAACCGAGCCCGCCUCAAGGUCCACUUCGCGCAUCUGAUGUACACGCCGAGGGCUGUAAGCUCACAUGGAAGCCGCCCGAGGAUGAUGGUGGACAGCCAGUUGAUAAAUAUGUCGUGGAAAAGAUGGACGAGGCCACAGGUCGUUGGGUGCCGGCUGGAGAGACUGAUGGACCGGAAACGAGCUUGCAAGUGGAAGGCCUGACGCCAGGGCACAAAUACAAGUUUAGAGUGCGAGCAGUCAACAAGCAAGGCAAAUCCGAGCCUCUCACCGCCAUGCAAGGCAUCGAAGCGAAGAAUCCCUUCGACGAACCAGGGAAACCGGGUACACCCGAGGUGAUUGAUUAUGACAGAGACUUCGUUGAGCUUCAAUGGAGUCGCCCUGAGGAAGAUGGUGGAUCACCAAUUACCGGUUACGUUAUAGAGAAACGCGACAAAUACAGUCCGAUUUGGGAGAAAUGUGCAGAAAUUGAUGGCGACACGAACCGUGGCAGAGUCGACGACCUGGUCGAGGGAACUCCAUACGAAUUUCGCGUAAGGGCCGUCAACAAGGCUGGUCCUGGCGAAGCUUCGGAAGCGUCCAAGUCCCAUAUAGCGCGACCGAAGAAUCUUCCACCAAAGAUCGACAAGAAGUACAUGCUGGACGUGAAAGUGCGCGCUGGCAGUUUCUUCGACUUCGAUGUACCGGUAACUGGCGAACCGCCACCAAGCAAGGAGUGGUCGCUAAAGGAUGCCAUAGUAAUGGCAAAUGAUCGUAUUAAGAUCAUCAAUGAGGAUUACAAUACUAAGGUGCGCGUAAUGGAGGCGAAACGUUCCGAUUCCGGUGUCUAUACGCUUGUAGCCAAGAAUGUGAAUGGCAAGGACUCUGCUACAUUAACAGUAAACGUACUGGAUGUACCUUUGCCACCAGAAGGUCCGCUGAAGAUCGACAACGUCACUAAAAACGGCUGCACUUUGAAGUGGCGGCCGCCUAAGGAUGACGGCGGUUCUGAGAUACAAUACUAUCAGGUUGAGAAAAUGGACACGGAAAAUAUGCGAUGGGUGCCUGUGGCUGAGGCUAACACCACUUCAGCGCAGGUGGGCCACCUGAUUGAGGGGCACGACUAUCAGUUCCGCGUACGAGCGGUCAAUAAGCAGGGUGAAUCUCAGCCAUUGACGGGAAUGGACACUAUCACUGCCAAGGAUCCGUUUGCCAGGCCAGACAAACCUGGUACGCCGGUUGCCACCGACUGGGACAAAGAUCAUGUGGAUUUGGAAUGGGCACCACCCAAGAAAGACGGCGGAUCGCCCAUAACCAGCUACAUUAUUGAAAAACGGCCUCGUUUUGGACAAUGGGAAAAGGCCGCCGAGAUACCUGGAAACAAGACUAGCGGCAGAGUACCUGACCUGACCGAGGGUCAGGAAUACGAGUUCAGAGUCAUUGCCGUGAACAAGGGCGGACCUGGUGAACCAUCCGAAGCAUCGGCGCCAAUUGUUGCUAAGCCUCGUUUCAUUGCUCCUUCAUUCGAUACACAUUUGUUGCACGAUUUGGUGGUUCGCGCCGGUCAAAAGAUCAGUUACAACAUUCCUAUCGUGGCGUCACCUAAACCAAAGGCAACAUGGAACCGCGAUGGUGUACAGAUUGUAGCCGAUGCUCGUCAUGAGAUGUAUACCACUAACACUGAAACUUCCUUCGAGAUUCCAUUCUCUGUCCGUGGUGAUACUGGACGUUACACUCUAACUUUGGAGAACGAACAUGGUAGCUUCAGUGCCAGCGCGAGAGUCACUGUCCUCGACAGACCAGCACCACCGGAGAAGCCUUUGGAUGUCAGCAAUGUCACUAAAGAGGGUUGCCACUUGACAUGGGGACAUCCUCUUGACGAUGGCGGAAGCCCCAUUUUGCACUACAUUAUCGAGAAAAUGGACUUAUCUCGUGGAACUUGGUCUGACGCCGGUAUGAGCAUGGUGUUGAGCCAUGAGGUCAACCGUCUGAUUCAUCGUAAAGAAUAUCUAUUUCGUGUCAAAGCUGUUAAUAACAUCGGAGAAUCCGAUCCGCUUGAGACCACGAAAAGCAUCAUCGCGAAGAACGAGUUUGAUGAACCGGAUGCGCCUGGCAAACCGCAAAUCAUGGACUGGGACAAGGACCAUGUAGAUUUAGAAUGGCCGGUGCCAAAGAACGACGGCGGAUCACCAAUCACGGGUUAUAUUGUCCAGAAGAAGGAGAAGGGCAGCCCUUACUGGGUGAAUGCAGUACACGUGCCGGCUGGUCAAAACAGCACAACUGUUCCAGAUCUGACAGAAGGCCAGGAGUAUGAAUUCCGUAUAAUUGCUGUCAACGCUGCUGGUCAAUCCGAACCAUCGGAACCUAGCGAUCUCGUCACUGCCAAACCUCGUUUCCUGGCCCCGAAGAUUAAGACGCCCUUGCAGGACGUUCGUAUCAAGGCUGGACUUAUUUUCCACGUGGAUAUCGACUUCAUUGGCGAACCAACGCCUGAGGCAACUUGGAGCGUAGGAAGUAACGAAUUGACUUCUAACGAUAGGACGACGAUCACGUCGAUUGGUUAUCAUACAAUUGUACAUAUCGUCAACGCUAAAAGAUCUGACUCGGGAUUGUACCACUUGUUACUAAAGAAUAGUAGCGGCAUAGACGAAGGCAGCUUCCAAGUGACAGUCUUGGAUAAACCUGGACCGCCGGAAGGUCCUUUGCAGUAUGAAGAAAUUACUAACCAGUCUGUCACGCUCUCAUGGAAACCACCUAAGGAUAAUGGAGGCAGCGAACUUACUGGAUACGUCAUUGAAAAGCGCGAUCUCACACACGGUGGCGGUUGGGUACCAGCAGUUACACAUGUUAAUCCCAAGUAUAAUCAUGCGACUGUGCCAAGGUUGCUCGAGGGAACUACCUACGAAUUUCGCGUGUCUGCAGAAAAUCUUCAGGGUCGCUCUGAACCGUUGAUUACUGAUCGAUCUGUUGUUGCCAAGAAUCAAUUCGUGGUUCCUGGACAACCUGGCAAACCAGAAUGCGUGGAUGCCGACAAAGAUCACAUCAAGAUCAAAUGGACUCCGCCUAUUAGCAACGGCGGCUCCAAGAUCAUCGGUUACGAUGUGGAGCGUCGUGAUCGUGCUACAGGUCGCUGGAUAAAGCAGAAUAAAGAACCCGUCAAAUAUCCUGAGUAUUAUGAUGACCAUGUGACCGAGGGUCAUCAAUAUGAAUAUCGCGUAUCGGCUAUAAAUGCCGCAGGCGCUGGAAAACCGAGUGAAACUUCAUCUGUGUUCACGGCUAAACCUAUGAAGGAGAAACCGAAACUUCAUCUGGAUGCUCUAAUCGGACGUAAGAUCAAGGUCCGCGCUGGAGAACCAAUCAAUGUCAACAUACCGUUGUCCGGCGCGCCCACGCCAAAGAUCGAAUGGACCAAGGAUGGAAAAUCGCUCAUGGAAACUCUUCGCCUAUCUACUGAGACUAAGAGUGAUCGAACACAACUUCUGAUCGAAAAAUCGGUGCGAGAUGACGGUGGUAUGUACACCGUGACAGCAACGAAUGAGCAUGGAAAAGAUUCGGCUGAUAUUGAAGUGAUAGUUGUGGAUAAGCCUGGACCACCUCAGGGUCCUUUGCAAUACACUGGCACGACGCAUGAGUCUGUCGGACUGUCCUGGAAUCCACCGGCGGACAAUGGCGGAUCCGAUAUCACGAAUUACAUCGUCGAGGUUUCUGAUUAUGGUUCUGACAAUUGGCGACAAGUGCCGGGAUACGUCCCCAGGACGAAUUUCACGGCGAAAGGCUUGACCGAAGGCAAAAAGUAUGUCUUUAGAGUCCGCGCCGAGAACAUGUACGGUGUGUCAGAGCCCUUGGAGGGCAAAGCCGUGAUCGCCAAGAGCCCAUAUGAUCCACCGGAUGCACCAAAUCAACCUGAAAUUCUGGGUUACACUCCUAAUAGCUGCAGUCUCACAUGGAACCCGCCUAUCAAUACCGGAGGAAAGCCUAUAACUGGUUAUUACGUGGAAAAGCGUGAGCGUGGCGGUGAAUGGUUGAAGGUCAACAAUUACCCGACACCAAACACGACAUUUACCGUGCAGGAUCUUCACGAAGGUUCGCGAUAUGAGUUCAGAGUGAGUGCUGUUAAUGAGGCUGGGCCUGGAAAACCCAGCAAGCCCACUGAACCGAUCAUAGCCGGACAUCAACGCCUACGUCCUGAUGCGCCUGAACCGCCCAAGGCAGACAGAAUCACUAAGGACUCAGUGACUUUAAGCUGGCGACCACCGCGAAGCGACGGUGGCUCAAAGAUUCGAGGAUACAUCAUCCAAAAGAAAGUCAAGGGUGAUGACAAUUGGUCAGACGUAAACGAUGCGCCUAUACCGAGCAACGUAUAUACUGUGCCAAAUUUGAAAGAGGGCGAAGAGUACCUCUUCAGGGUAUUUGCAGUGAAUGAUGUCGGCAGCAGCGACCCAAGCAGACCCAGUAAUCCGAUCAUCAUCGAAGAGCAACCUAACAAACCAGUUAUGGAUCUUGGUGGAGUUCGCGAUAUUACCGUUCGCGCCGGCGAGGACUUUUCUAUUCACGUGCCUUACAUUGGCUUUCCCAAACCGACCGCCACGUGGUUUGCCAAUGACGUCGUUAAGGAUGAAACUGAUCCACGUGUGCAUCAACAGCUGGCUGAUGAUUUUGCCAGUCUGGUAGUGAAGAAUGCAAAACGUUCAGAUGGAGGGCAAUACAGACUCCAGCUACGCAACUCAUCUGGCUUUGAUACAGCAACCGUUAACGUUAAGGUCCUUGAUCGUCCUAGUCCACCCGAAAAUCUUCGCGCGGAUGAAUUCGGUGGCGAUGCUCUUACUCUCUUCUGGAAUCCGCCCAAAGACAAUGGCGGUGCUGACAUUACUAAUUACGUGAUUGAAAAGAAAGACCCGAAGGCCGCCACAUGGUCCAAGGUAAGCAGCUAUAUUACGACGCCGUUUGUGCGAGUCAGAAAUCUGACGGUCGGUCAAAUCUACGAGUUCCGGGUGAUGGCGGAAAACCAGUAUGGUACGUCGGAUCCAGUGACAACAAUCGAUCCCAUCAAAGCACGACAUCCGUUCGAUCCUCCGGGUGCACCUGGUACACCUCGCGGUGUGGAGACCACUGAGGAUAGCAUCACCAUUACUUGGACUAAACCUCGUCACGACGGUGGCUCACCGAUUCUCGGAUAUGUCAUCGAAAAGCGUCUUCUGAACGAAGAUAAGUGGGUCAAGGCCACUCCAGCUCUGGUACAUGACACCACUUACAAGGUUACUGGAUUGAUUGAGAAUCAUGAUUACGAGUUUCGGGUAGCUGCGGAAAAUGCCGCUGGUCGCGGACCAUGGAGCUCCAACUCCGACGUUAUUCGUGCCAGCGCUGCACCAUUCCCUCCAAAGAUCACGAGCGAUCUCAGCAUCCGCGAUAUGACUGUGAUUGCCGGAGAACCAUUUACCAUUACGGUGCCGUAUACAGCCAAUCCUAAACCAAGACCGAAUUGGUCUAUUAACGGCGAAGAGGUUCUCACUGGAGAGAGGAUCAAGUUCGAAACAACCGACGUAGCCUCACAGUUCAUUAAUAAGAAAGCAAAGAGAUCGGACACCGGCACGUAUACGAUAUAUCUCACGAACACUGUCGGCACGGACUCCGCCUCAUGCAAGGUCCUUGUUGUCGACAAGCCAUCGCCACCUUUGGCGCCUUUGGAUAUCUCCGAUAUCACUCCAGAAACCUGCACAUUAACGUGGAAACCGCCCUUCGAUGAUGGUGGUUCACCAAUUACGAAUUACAUUGUUGAGAAACUGGAUCCGGCUGGCUUCUGGGUGAAGCUCAGCAGCUUCGUGAGGAGCACACAUUACGAUGUGAUCGGUUUGGAACCGAAUCGCACGUACAACUUCCGCGUAAGAGCAGAGAAUCAGUACGGCAUAUCCGAUCCAUUGCAAGCUGACGAACCUAUAACAGCUAAAUUCCCAUUCACGGUGCCAGAUCCACCCGGACAGCCACGAAUCAUCGACUGGGAUACCUCGAAUGCCACGGUGGUUUGGACAAGACCAUUGUCUGACGGUGGUUCCCGUAUUCAGGGCUAUAAGAUCGAGUUUCGUGACCCCGCUGAGGAUGUGCAAUGGCGCGUGGCAAAUGACUACCUCUUCAAGGAUACCACAUACGUGUGUUAUGGUCUGAUGAGCGGUCAUGAGUAUGAGUUCAGGAUUCGUGCGAAGAACGCAGCCGGUUUCAGCAAGCCAAGCCCACCGUCCGCGCCGUUCAGACUCAAGAGCAAGUUCAACGUACCAUCGCCACCUGGUACGCCACAAGUCAUAAAGGUCGGCAAGAAUUACGUUGAUUUACGAUGGGAACCGCCUGUAUCCGAUGGUGGCAGUAGGAUCACCGGCUAUGUAAUCGAGAAGCGCGAGGUGGGCAGUGCGAUGUGGUCCAAAUGUAACGAGUAUAAUGUCGUUGAUACCGAGUACACGGUCAUGCACUUAAUCGAGCGAGGUGACUACGAGUUCAGGAUCUUCGCGGUGAACGCGGCCGGCAGAUCCGAGCCAAGCUCAUGUACUACCCCAGUGAAAAUCUGCGAGGUCGAGGGUGGCGAAAAACCGGAGUUUAUCAGAAACCUGCCUAUCAGUCAAAUUAUACCACUUGGCAAGACUCUUGUUCUCGAAUGCGAGGCUACGGGUAAACCACUGCCAACGGCCAGGUGGCUGAAGAAUGGUCGUGAGAUCACUUUAGGUGGUCGCUUCCGCGCCGAAGCAAUAAACGGCAUUUAUAGGUUGGUGAUAUCCGAAGUGUGGGAUGCAGACGACGGCGAUUAUAGUUGCCAAAUUUCAAAUCCACUCGGCAUCGCCACGACUACGUGUAGGUUAAAGAUCGGCACGCCGCCACGUAUCGAGCGCAUGCCGAACGAUCUCUAUCUACCGGAAGGCGACAAUACGAAGAUCAAGAUUUACUACAGCGGCGAUCAACCGAUGGAAGUGACUCUGAAAAAAGAUGGUCGCCAAAUCGUGGAAACAACACAUAUUAAAUACACUGUGUUCGACGAGUACCUUAUUAUCUUUAUCAAAGAUAUCCAAAAGGACGAUGCAGGCAUUUAUGAUUUGUCCAUCUCGAAUGAUAGUGGUAGCGUCAGCGCGUCCUUUAACGUAUACAUUACCGGACUGCCUGGUCCGCCAACUGGACCGCUUGAUGUUUCUGAUAUUGAUAAGCAUACAUGCACCUUGUCCUGGCAUCCACCCAAAUACGAUGGUGGUCUUCGGGUCACCCACUACGUUGUGGAGCGUCGCGAUGUCAGUCACACGCACUGGAUCAUUGUGUCAUCCUUCUGUAAAGACUGUACUUUCGUCGUUCAGGGUCUUACCGAAGGUCAAGAAUACCUCUUCCGAGUGAUGGCUGCCAACGACAACGGCAUGGGUCCGCCAUUGGAAGGCACCAACCCGAUCAAGGCUAAGGCACCAUUCGAUCCACCAGGACCACCUGGCACGCCCAAAGUCAUUGAAGUGGGUGGAGACUUUGUUAAUCUUUCAUGGGAGAAACCAGAAACUGAUGGAGGUGCCAAGAUCCAGGGUUACUGGAUUGAUAAGAGAGAAGUUGGCAGUCAGGCAUGGCAGCGUGUAAACGUCAGUAUUUGCUUACCAACGCAAAUCAAUAUCAGCAAUCUGAUCGAAGGAAGGCAGUACGAGUUCCGGGUAUUUGCUCAAAAUGUUGCAGGACUUAGUCCCGAAUCGAAAGCUUCGACCUCUGUAAAGAUUGUUGAUCCACAAGCGGCGAAGCCUCCGGAAAUCAUUCAACCUCUCCAGAAGGUGAAUUGCGUCCAGAAUCACAAUGCCCAUUUCCAAUGCAAGAUUAUCGGUACACCGAAGCCAAACAUCACAUGGUUCAAGGGCGCCCGCGAGAUUGUGAGCGGUAGUCGUUACAACAUCUACUCCGAGGGCGAUACCCACAAUCUCAUCAUCCAUGACGUAUUCGGCGAGGACGCCGAUGAGUAUUUCUGUCGAGCAGCAAAUAAAUGCGGCGUGAAAUCUACCAAGGGAGAACUCUUCAUCAAGACACCACCGAAGCUGAACGUACCGCCACGUUUCCGUGACACUGCCUUCUUCGACAAAGGCGUGAACGUCGUCAUCAAGAUACCUUUCACCGGUUAUCCGAAACCAAAAAUCACGUGGGUACGCGAAGGCGAGGUGAUCGAGUCUGGUGGACAUUACGCUGUCGAAGUAAAGGAGCGACACGCUGUGUUGACGAUACGUGAUGGCAGUCGCAUGGACUCCGGUCCGUAUCGCAUCUCCGCCGAGAACGACCUCGGCCAGGACACAGCCAUCAUCAAGAUUCAGAUCAGCGAUCGUCCAGAUCCGCCCAGAUUUCCGCAAGUAGACAAUGUCGGUCACGACUCGCUGGCGGUCAGCUGGAAGCCACCAAUUUGGGACGGUGGCAGUAACAUCACCAAUUACGUGGUGGAGAAGCGUGAGCAUCCGAUGAGCAGCUGGAUCCGUGCCGGAAACACUCGUUUCUGUACGCUUGCAGUAACCGGUCUUAGCCCCGGACACCAAUAUGAUUUCCGGGUGUGCGCAGAGAACAUUUAUGGUCGUUCGGAUCCGAGUGAAGUGACACCAUUGAUCACUACGAAGGGUGUGAUCAAGCGCGAGUUCAAAAAGAAGGAAUAUGAGGUGGAUGCGAGCGGCAAGAAAAUACGUGGUCGCGAAGACGAGAAGCCGCGCGAUUAUGAUCAGUUUGUGUUCGAUGUGUAUAGCAAGUACGUGCCGCAGCCAGUUGAAAUCAAGCAUACAUCGGUCUACGACAAGUAUGAUAUCCUGGAAGAGAUCGGCACUGGCGCGUUCGGCGUGGUACAUCGCUGUCGCGAGAGGACCACUGGUAACAUCUUCGCUGCCAAAUUUAUCCCGGUGUCGCACAUAAUGGAGAAGGAAUUAAUCAGAAAAGAGAUCGACAUCAUGAAUCAGCUGCAUCAUCCUAAGCUGAUCAACCUGCACGACGCCUUUGAAGAUGAUGACGAAAUGGUGCUGAUCUUCGAAUUCUUGUCCGGUGGCGAAUUAUUCGAGAGAAUUACGGCCGAGGGUUAUACCAUGUCCGAGGCAGAAGUCAUUAAUUAUAUGAGGCAAAUCUGUGAGGGUGUCAAGCAUAUGCACGAGAAGAACAUCAUCCAUCUCGAUAUCAAACCUGAGAACAUCAUGUGCCAAACUCGUAACAGCACGAAUGUGAAAUUGAUCGAUUUCGGUCUGGCUACUAAACUCGAUCCAAACGAAGUAGUAAAGAUCAGUACAGGCACAGCUGAAUUUGCCGCCCCCGAGAUUGUUGAACGUGAACCUGUUGGUUUUUACACUGAUAUGUGGGCAUGUGGUGUAUUAGCUUAUGUUCUAUUGAGUGGUCUUUCACCAUUCGCCGGUGAUAACGACAUCGAGACCUUGAAAAACGUGAAGGCAUGCGACUGGGACUUUGACGAGGAGGCAUUCCGCGACGUUUCCGAGGAGGGUAAAGAUUUCAUCAGGCGAUUACUCGUAAAAAAUAAAGAAAAGCGCAUGACUGCACACGAGUGUCUCCUUCAUCCAUGGUUGACCGGCGAUCAUAGCAAGUGGACCAAUCCAAUCGCCAAUAGCCGUUACCUUAGCAUUAGAGAUAGGUUGCGUGCCAAGUAUGAGAACUGGGACAAGUAUGUUCUUCCCAUCGGUCGUCUAGCAGAGUAUUCAUCGCUUAGGAAACUUUUAAUCGAGAAAUACAGAAUUUAUGAUUCUUGCUUCGAUCGGCGACAAGCAGCACCGAGAUUCGUCAUCAAACCGCAAAGCGCAUUCGCCUAUGAAGGACAGAGUGUGAAAUUCACUUGUCGCGUAAUCGCGAUUGCGGCACCAACCUUAUCUUGGUCGCAUAAUAAUCAAGAGUUACGGCAAUCUGUUAAAUUUAUGAAGCGAUACCAUGGGGACGAUUACACUUUUAUUAUUAACAGAGUUAAGUUAGAAGAUAGAGGAGAAUACAUUAUACGCGCGGAAAAUCAUUAUGGCUACCGUGAGGAAGUCGUCUUCCUUAAUGUUCAACCACUGCCAAGAGAAAUUCCGAAAUACAGGCCCGAGCUGCAUCCUGUACGCAGACGAGAGCCGCUUGGCUAUAACGUGUGGUUAGAGACGAUUGAAUCGGCGCCGAGCUUCACGUUCCUGUUGCGACCACGUGUUAUCCAAAUCAGGCAGACUUGCAAGCUGCUGUGCUGUCUGAGCGGCAAUCCACCGCCUACUGUAAAAUGGUACAAGGACAGAGAGGAAUUAUCCAAGUACAAUUACCCCAUGAGCAACGCCGAUGGUGUCGUCACAAUGGAAAUCGUUGACUGCAAACCGGAAGACAGCGGCAAAUAUCGUUGUGUGGCUAGCAAUAAACAUGGCAAAGAUGAGACUAGUUGUGUAGUCAUCGUAGAAGGCACUGGAGAAACGGAGGAACAAGUGAAAUUAGUGCACGACCUCCUACAUUCCGGAGAUCGAAAAUUCAUUGAGCAACCACUGAAACCGGCACCACCUCCAAUCGUGACAAUUCACAAGUCCAGUGGUUACAGCGGCUACAGUUCCACAACCACUCAAAAUCAAUCGAGCUCUACUUCUUUGUACAAUGGCAAACAUAAUUCCACAACCUCUUCGUAUAAGGACAGCUCCAGUGUCAAAAUAAAUGAAUCAUCUGAUAAACGAAGCAUAAAGAAAUACGGCUCGAAGCUCGACACCACUGGCAGUCCGUCUCGAUCUAGGAGCACCACAAAAGAACUCGUCCUACCCUCGGACGAUUCGAUGAGAUCACCGCAAUUUACUCAAAAGUUGAAGAACCUAACGAUCAACGAUGGCGAGCAUUUGGAACUUACAGUCAAAAUCGACGGCGAUCCGGAACCACAAGUUACUUGGAGUAAAAACGGCAAGACGCUGAGUUCGUCAGAGAUUGUCGAUCUCAAAUAUAAGAACGGGGUGGCCACUCUCAUGAUUAAUGAGGUAUUCCCCGAGGACGAAGGCGAAUACGCGUGUCUCGCAACUAAUAGCAUCGGCAGCGACACGACAUCCUGCAAGCUGACUGUAAAACCCGUGGAGAAUGCCGCUAGGAAGAAGCAGAGCGACGAUAAAUCGCCGAAAAUCGUCGACCACCUAACGAGCAAGUACGUAAAAGACGGCGAGGCUGUGACACUUAGCUGCCGAAUAAUCGGCGCGAAGAAGUUUGAUGUAGUGUGGCUGCACAAUAAUAAAGAGAUCAAGCCUAGUAAGGACUUCCAAUACACUAGCGAGGCUAACAUUUACAAGCUAAUCAUCGCCGAGAUAUUCCCCGAGGACUCUGGCACUUACACGUGCGAAGCUUUCAACGACGCAGGAGAGAGCUACUCGUCGUGCACGUUAAGCGUACUCGCUCCAAAUGAAGAGCCGAAAAGCCCAGCGUUCGCGACAUUCCCACAAUCUGCAACAGUGAGUGAAGGCGAGUCGGUUACUUUCACGUGCAAGACUGAUACCGCGCCUUUGAAAGUGACUUGGUUGAAAGAUGGUAAAGCGAUCCCCGAGACGAGCAGCAGAUACCAUUUCAGCUCGGACGGCAGCACGUCCUUCGAAUUCGGCAUCAAAACGUGCACGGCCAGCGAUAUUGGUCAAUAUUUGGCGCGUGCGAUCGGCCAGAAAGGCGAGACGAACUCUGCGUUUGCCCUUAACGUCGUCAAUCCCGGCGAGCUGUGAAAUCAAUCAUGAUACCGGGUUAUACGUCGAUUAUUUAUCAGCGCGGUCGACGACCGAAUGAGAGUAUCAGAGAUACAUUUUCUUCGUGGAGAAUAUAUUUCUAGAUUUAUUUCGUGGAUAUUAAAGAGUACAUAAAUAACUUGAUGAAUCUAUUUAUCCAAAUAUAUUCUCCAAAAAGAAUGUAUCUCAUCCACUCUUACACGUGUUCGACUCGUGAGUGCCGUAACGAUCUUUGACCGAUUGUUACUGUAUCUUUCACACUCUGAUCUUUCUGCUUUCGCUAAAUUUAAUUGGAAUGCACGCGAUAUGAUCGAAUAGUCAAGUCGGAGAGGCUCGGUUAUAAUAAUGAACAUUUUUAGAAUACAUGAUGUCUAUACAGAAAGGAAGAGAAAAAUGAAAGACUAAUAUUAAUCUCUCUUUGUUUCUCUCCAUUACGUUCUGUAUGUAAAUUAUUUUGGAACACUGCGUAUUUUUUUUUCCUGUAUGUUUGUUAUAAUGUCGCAUUAUCCGCGGAAAUUGUCGGGACGCGGUUCGUUGCCAUGACGAGAAUCUGAAUUCGCCGUCUUCGCACACAAACAUUACGAAUAGCACGCGCAACUUACUAUACUAAAAUAUUCGGCUUUGCUGUAUUAUACGACUCGGCACACACUCGAGUACACGCAGCUACUUAACAGGCACAUCGCGGUAGUGUUCGAAAAAAGAAAAAAGGAAUAUCAUAUAUAGGACAUCGACGCCCGUGAACGUGAUUUUCUCGGUGAGAUUGCCAGCAUCCUCAAACAUCCGAAUAUACAUUUUUAAUAUCACCAUCCAAGAAUCUCGCCAGGAAAAUCCUUCGAUGGCGUUAGAAUGAGUACGUAAAAUAUUUUUACUCAAUAAUCGCGAUGUGCCCACUUAUUCCAUGUUAAUGGUACGCACCAUCGUGUUUUACUUGUUUGAAGACUGCUUCCGUCAGAAAAUUUACGAUAAAAUGAAACAUAAUUAAAAA